AUGCCCAUUGAUUACUCCAAGUGGGACAAGAUCCAACUUUCCGAUGACUCUGACAUCGAAGUUCAUCCUAAUGUCGAUAAAAGGUCUUUCAUUAGGUGGAAGCAGCAAAGUAUCCAUGAGGAAAGGGCCAAAAGGAACCAGGAUAUCAAGAACUUGGAAUUUCAAGUACAAAUGAAUUCUAGACUUAACCAGAGAGUUGACAAGAUGGUGGGUCAAUUGAAGAAUGAAGAUUUGCUGAACAGAGAUGUCGUACGAAAGUUUCUGAACGCCAACUUUGACAAAACUGAACGGGGUGAAGGUGACAAUGUUGAUCCCAAUAUGCCACCUUACAAUGAAAUGGUGGAGGAUUUGUUUGAACAAUUGGAAAUCAACGCCAAGAAGGCUAAUAAAGACCCUAAGAACGGAGCCGUUAUUCGCGAGAUGAUCUUUGAACACCGUAAGAAGAUCGACGCAGUAACUGAACAGGCUCACGAGAGAUUAAAGCAACUUUACAAGGAAAGGGCAUCGCUCAUAUCCUCUGAUGAUAUCCAUACCGGUUUUGAUAAAGGCUUCAUCAACAAAAAAUCAGAAAAAGACGAUGAGGAAGCCAGCAAGUACCUGCCAUCGGCCAAAAGUACUGAAGUCGCAUUACCCCCUCCACGUCUUGAAUUUGUCAAUUACGAAGAUGAUGUAAUGAAGCUUGCCCCAGAAACCAUUGAAUUUGGGAACAUAUCGGUGAAAGAUGUAAAAAAAUCAGAGCAGUUUCUACUGAAUAACCUCCAAAUCGUAUCCGAACAACAGAAAGAUGCUUUGAUGAUGUCUGCGUUCGAAUAUCAGAUGGAAAAUAAAAGUGAGAAGACUUAUCAGACAAUCCACCAGUCGGAGCUUCUAGGCUAUGUCAGGGAAAUGUACGAUAUGAAAAAGAUUCCUCAUUUACAGGCCGAAGAACUUACAAGUGUGAUCAAGCUGUUCUUUCAGAGAGUUUUUUAUAACAAAGCCAGUGACCAGGGAAAAAAGUCUUUCCUGGAUUCUGUACAGGUGAAGUUUGAGCACAUUAAAAACCGUGUCAAUGUCAUGCAGGAAGAAGAAUCACAAGAAGGAGUGGAAACCAUUCAACUCAAAUCGCUUGAUGAGUCUACAGAAUUGCAAGUAAAUCUACCACAAUUUGGUUCAGAAGAUCCAGAAGAAUUAAAAAGAAUAGCAGCGUUCGAAAAGCUUCCCCCAAAAAUGCAAAGUGCUAUCAAGACCCAAAGUUUGGAUAAGAUCAAUGAGGUUUUUGCCGAAAUGCCACUUGAAGAAGCUGAAGUCGUGUUGGAAAUAUUCAACGAGGGAGAAAUCAUCGGAGUCAAUGCUUUAUUGGAAGAUGAAAGUGAAUUUCGAGAACUCCAAGCACAAUAUCGGGAUCAACCUUCCGCUGAGGAAAGUGACCCGAGCAGCGUUCUAGAACAUAACUUUGAGAACACUGUUGAAAUCAACACCUCUGACGUUGUUGAUUAA